UUCAUUUCAGACUGAAUCCAAAAUCCAAAAGCUAAAAGCAAAAACAAAGGUUACAAAAUCAAAGAGUUAAACUCUGUGCUUGAAUAGUUGAAUGCGUUCCGGGGAGAGAGGAAAAUGGCCGAGGAGAACACAAUUCGUUUUGGCAUAAUGGGGUGCGCUGAUAUAGCAAGAAAGGUCUCCAGAGCCAUACACCUAGCCCCCAACGCCACUCUUCACGCCGUCGCUAGCCGUUCAGUGCACAAAGCGAAACAGUUUGCAAUAAAAAACGGCUUAGCAGAAACGGUUAAGAUCUACGGCAGCUACAACGAAUUGCUUGAUGACCCGUCGGUGGAUGCAGUUUACAUGCCGCUUCCGACAAGCCUUCACUCCCAUUGGGCAGUCUUGGCUGCGGAGAAGAAGAAGCACUUGCUGCUUGAGAAACCUACUGCCCUGAACGUGGAUGAGCUCGAUAAGAUUCUUGAUGCCUGUGAGAGAAAUGGGGUUCAGUUUAUGGAUGCUAGCAUGUGGUAUCAUCAUCCUAGGACUGCCAAGAUGAAGGAAUUGCUAUCCGAUUCUGACAUCUUCGGACAAGUCAACUCGAUCCACAGCUCAUCAUCUUAUUCAGCACCUCCAGCAUUUCUGGAAAACGACAUAAGAGUGAAACCGGACUUGGAUGCCCUAGGCGCACUGGGAGAUGCUGGAUGGUACUGCAUUGGUUCCAUAUUGUGGGCUAUGAACCAAAAGCUGCCGACAACUGUGGUUGCGCUGCCUGCUAUAGAGAAAAACUCAGCCGGGGUCAUAUUGUCAUGCAGCGCGUCUUUAUACUGGGGUGAAGGAACUGUUGCAACAUUUUUCUGCUCCUUUCUUGCACACGAGUCGAUGGACAUACUAGUCUGUGGCUCCAAGGGAUCGCUCUCUGUCAAAGACUUCAUAAUCCCCUUUGCAGAGACGUCUGGUUCCUUCAGCUUCGCUUCUGGUUCUAAGUUUUUGGAUCUCCACGUCGGGUGGAAUGCUCAACCUGAUGAGGUUCAAGUGGCUUCACAGUUGCCCCAAGAAGCUAUGAUGGUUAUGGAGUUCUCUGAGCUAGUGAAUGCCAUCAAAUUCUUGGGAAGAAAACCAGAGCACAAGUGGCCUCACAGCAGCAGAUUAAGUCAACUAGUGCUGGAUGCUGUUAAAAAUUCUAUAGACCUUGGUUUCCAACCUGUUCAUUUGUAGAUGGCUCUAAAUUGUAAAAUUCAGCACAAUAUGUAAUCUGCCACUUUGUAUGGGAUGAAAUUUAUUUAUAAAUCAUAUUUAGUUAUUUACAGUCCA